UUUAAAUUCACAAAAAAGAAAAAAGGAAAAUAAACGAAAAAAUUGCGUCUCUCCAUCUCCGUCUCUUUCCUCCGCACAUACCUAUCAGGGAAAUAUCUCCGUCGAAGGCGAAGCGGACGGUAAUGGCGGAGGUAGGAGGUGUCGGAUGCGGAUGUCGCGCCAUAUCCGGUGGAAGCUUGUUUUACCCCGGCGGAUUCACGGUGGAGUCUUGUUUCUUCGGUCACAGAACGAGAAGGACCCGGAGCUUCUUCCGAAACGUCUCGAUGAUCCCUCCUUUCAAGCCUGGACGCUUAUUCUCGAAGUGUCGAUCCAUCUCCGGGAAUAGCCGCAUUUUUAGUAUGGAUGGUCGAGAGAAAUCAAGAUCACCAGUAUUGGUAUCAUCAAGACAUACAAGAGUUCCUGUAUUUGUGAUGUUGCCUGUUGAUACAUUUGGAAUAGAUGCUUCUGGGUGUCCAAGGAUUAAAAGAAUCAGGGCUUUAACAGUUUCUCUGAAAGCACUCAAGUUGGCUGGUGUUCAUGGAAUUGCAGCAGAGGUUUGGUGGGGCAUUGUAGAGCGUUGUUGUCCGUUUGAGUAUAAAUGGUCAUUAUAUGAAGAGCUUUUCAGAUUGAUUUCUGAAACAGGGUUGAAGUUGCAUGUUUCUCUUUGUUUUCAUUCGAAUAUGCCCUUGUUUGGUGGAAAAGGGGGCAUCAGUCUUCCACUGUGGAUUCGAGAGAUUGGAGACCUCAAUAAGGAUAUCUACUAUCGAGAUGAGAAUGGAUUUUCCAAUAGUGACUAUCUCACACUUGGAGUCGACCAACUUCCUUUGUUCUGUGGUCGAACUGCCCUUCAAUGUUACGAGGAUUUUAUGAUUAGUUUUUGUAAUAAAUUUGAACCACUCGUUGGAAGCGUAAUUGAGGAAAUAAGUAUCGGUCUUGGUCCAUCAGGAGAACUCAGAUAUCCUUCGCAUCCUUCCGGUGAUGGGAGAUGGAAAUUCCCUGGAAUUGGUGAAUUCCAGUGCUAUGACAAGUACAUGAUGGAAGACUUGAAGGUGGUGGCAUCCCAAGAAGGGAAGCCUCAAUGGGGAGAACGAGGGCCCCAAAAUGCUGGCUGCUAUAAUAGCUUUCCAUCUGGAGUUCCUUUCUUUGAGGAUGGUCAUGAUAACUUUCUCUCUGAUUAUGGUCGUUUCUUCCUUGAAUGGUACAGUGGAAAGUUGAUUUGUCAUGCUGAUGCUAUUCUUGCCAAGGCAGCUAGAAUAUUUAGGAGAUGUCAGGAGGGGGAGAAAAGUUCUGUAAUGCUUGUUGCCAAAAUUGGUGGAAUCUAUUGGUGGUACCAGACAAUAUCGCAUGCUGCUGAACUAACUGCUGGUUACUAUAACACCAGUCUCCGAGAUGGUUAUGAUCCUGUUGCUUCUGUGUUAUCUCGGCAUGGGGCUGCUUUGCAUGUCCCUUGCUUGGAUAUGAAGGACAGUGAAACACCACCAACUUAUCUUUGCAGCCCUGAAGGAUUACUGAGACAGAUACACAAUAUCUCAAAGAAGAGGACUAUAUAUUUGACUGGAAGAAAUAUGAAUGAAAGAUUUGAUGAGAUGGGGUUGCAGCAAAUACGUGCCAACUGUGUCCAACCCAACGGUGAUGCUGUAAGAUCAUUUACCUACUUCAGAAUGAAUGAGAAGAUUUUUAGGGUUGAAAACUGGAACAACUUUGUACCCUUUGUUAGACAGAUGAGCGCAGACAUGUAAAUUACUGUCAAAUAAAAUCCAGCCAUUUAUUAUGUAAUCUGUCACGAACAAUUGACCUCAUUGACCCCCA